GAGCGGAGCAGAACUUUCUGGCGCCAAUUGAAAGCAGGUCGCUUCCACUUUGAGACUAAGGGCAACCAGAAACAUCUACUAACAGAGACUCGUCUCUCCGCCUCCUGCCCGGCUCAAUUAUUGCUCCGGUCAACUUAAACGCCAUGAGCGGAAUGUCGAACGGGAUUCGGGUAUCACAUAACUACGUUCCUUAGUCGUAUACAAACAAACCAACUCUAUUCCGACUUGAUCUUGCUGUAAAGACACCAAUCAUCCACCUUUUGGCACAAUGACUUCCUCCAUGUGGGCAGUCACGGCACCAAGCUUUUGCGAACCGUCCGCAUAUGAGCUUUCCACGAUCCCCUUGCCGGUUGUAACAGAAGCUACUGAUGUGGUAUUCCGCGUCCACGCAGCGAGUAUCAAUCCCGUAGAUGUCAAGAAGGCAGCAGGAGUCUUUAAGCUUGCGGUUAAAGAGAAAUUCCCAUACCAAAUUGGCUACGAUUGCUCAGGAACCGUAACAGAAGUGGGACAGGAUGUCAAAGGCAUCAAGGUUGGUGACGGGAUUUACUCGCGGCUACCGGAGGCCAGCCGAGGGGCAUGGAGUGAAUUCGCCAAAUGUUCACAGCAUUACGUCACUCUCAAACCUAAGAAUCUGUCUUUCGAUGAUGCCGCCUCAUUGCCAUUGGCAGGUAUGACCGCACUGCAAACUUUGCGACGAUACGAGGGAUCAUUAUCAGGCAAGACGGUCUUCGUACCAGCUGGCUUGAGUGGCACUGGCGCGUAUGCGUGUCAGAUCGCUAAGAACGUCUUCCAUGCCGGCAAAGUGAUCACCACUGUCUCAACAUCAAAAGUAGAAAAAGUGCCGCAGCUGCUUGGUAAAGGCACGGUUGACCAAAUAAUCGACUACACCAAGGAAGACGUAUCCCAGGCCAUUCCUCGUGGAUCCGUUGACUUCAUCUUAGACACAACUGGAGACUCUAUGUCUUUUCUUCACCUCAUGACUCCGUCUACGGGUGUCAUUGUCUCUAUAGCUACGCAGCCCUCUGGCACUCAGCUCCAACAAUCGAGCGUGAUGAAGAGGCCAGAUGAUCCAAGUCUCCCGUGGCUCGCACGCAUGGUGUUGAACAUGGUUGAUUCGUAUCGGAGGGCACGUGCAAGACGCUGGGGUGUUAAAUACGAGUACUUGUUCCUCGAUCCCAAUGCCAAAGACUUGGAAACACUGGCACUCCACGCGGAAAAAGGAGAUGUCCUGCCUGUUGUUGGUUGUAAAGUUGACUUUAUGGAUAUCGACGGCGUGAGAGAUGCGUGUACAACGGUGUACAACGGGAAAGGUGGCCUUGGGAAAACGGUAUUUACUAUGAUCGCGAGUUAAGUUUAGCAGUUUCGGCACGGGCGAUAGUUUAUAGGCUUCCACGCAAUUUUCAUUAAUGACGCUUUAUCGAGGC